GUGGAGCUCCCGCUCCGCGGCGGCGGCGGCGAGGAGGCCCGCGGCCUGCUGCUGGUGCGCCUCCUCGGCCUGGGGCCCGCCGCGCACGCCGGCGCCCAGCCGCUGCCCGCGGAUUGGGCCAGCGGCGUGGACGAGCUUGGGCUGCCGUUCCGCUACAGGGGCUGCGGGGGCCAAGCCGGCGACGCGCCCGCGGAGGCCGCCGCGGCGCCGCACGGCGGCGCGGAGGAGAGCGCGGCGAGCGCGGAGGGCGCCGAGGGGCGCUCGCCGCGCCGCCCGGAGCACCGGGAGGAGCCGCCCGCGG